AUGGGGGUACCUUGCCCACGUGUCCUGCCCAGCCACCCUUCCACAGUCAUGGCGGCCUAUGGCCAGACGCAGUACAGCACGGGGAUCCAGCAGGCUGCUCCCUACACAGCCUACCCACCUCCAGCACAAGCCUACGGAAUCCCUUCUUACAGUGACUUCAGCACCCCACCCACUGGACAGAGCCCAUACACCUACCAGAUGCACGGCACAGCAGGAAUCUAUCAAGGAGCAAACGGACUGACCAACGCGGCUGGGUUCGGGAGCGUGCACCAGGUAGACCCAUCUUCCCGCCAGGUGUUCUUUCAAUUCACUCCUUCCAUCAGGGCCCCCGGGGAGCCCACUGGUGAAUACAGCACACAUAAUGGACCGUCCACGCCUGCAAAAGAGGGAGACACAGACAGACCCCACCGGGCCCCUGACGGGAAGCUCCGAGGCCGGUCCAAACGGAGCAGCGACCCCUCCCCUGCUGGAGAUAAUGAGAUCGAGCGUGUGUUCGUGUGGGACUUGGAUGAGACGAUAAUUAUUUUUCACUCCUUACUCACGGGGACGUUUGCAUCCAGAUACGGGAAGGACACCACGACGUCCGUGCGCAUCGGCCUGAUGAUGGAGGAGAUGAUCUUCAACCUUGCAGACACCCAUCUGUUCUUUAACGACCUGGAGGACUGUGACCAGAUCCACGUCGAUGACGUCUCAUCAGAUGACAAUGGCCAAGAUUUAAGGAAAUGGCAGAGGAUGAUGGAGCAGAAGAUAGUGGAGGGUGAUCAAGACGAGAGGGAUAGUCAUGUCCAGGCACGCUUGAUAGGAGCUCCCAAAAGAGAGACCUGGCUACAGCUCAGAGCUGAGCUGGAAGCCCUGACAGACCUCUGGCUGACCCACUCCCUGAAGGCUCUAAACCUCAUCAAUUCCCGGCCCAACUGUGUCAACGUGCUGGUCACCACCACUCAACUCAUUCCUGCCCUGGCCAAAGUCCUGCUGUAUGGACUGGGCUCUGUGUUUCCUAUUGAGAACAUUUACAGUGCAACCAAGACAGGGAAAGAGAGCUGCUUCGAGCGCAUAAUGCAGAGAUUCGGUCGGAAAGCCGUCUACAUCGUAAUCGGCGACGGUGUGGAGGAGGAGCAGGGAGCCAAGAAGCACAACAUGCCUUUCUGGCGGAUAUCCUGCCACGCGGACCUGGAGGCGCUGCGGCACGCCCUGGAGCUGGAGUAUUUAUAG